UACAAAUUCCUGAAAAUCUGCUUCCUAUGUUUGUCCCUAAAAAAGAUCCAGUCAGAAUCGGGUUAAAGGCGUCAGAAAGUGAACUUGAGAAAUUAAAAUGUCUGAAAUGUGAUUUCCAAGGUUACUACACUCAACAAUAUCAGGAUCAUAUCUCAACCAAUCAUAGCGACGACAUCUCCAAAUGUAAAUGUUGUAAUUUUUAUACUUUCGAUCGCGAGGAAUUACUUGAACACUUUAAGGAGAUGCAUCCUAAAUGUAUUUGUACAGUCUGUGAGUUUAUGGCCGAACAUUCGUACGUAAUCAAACGUCACAUGGUACGACAUAAUAAAUUCAGCUGUAUGUGUAAUGUCUGUGGUAAGGCUUACAAGGAUCAGUAUAUUUUAAAGAUGCAUGUAAAAAUGGUUCACAUGCCCGCCGAGGUUUUAUUUGAAUGUAAUAUCUGUUAUAAGAAGUUUACACGGAAAGCUCAUCUGAAACGUCAUCUCCGAAUACACGACCCUGAAAAACCUUUUAAAUGUCCACAUUGUGAAUACAGAGGGUGUGAGAGGUCUGAUAUCUCUAAACAUCUACUAAUACACGAAGAACCCAAACAUGUCUGUGGUAUUUGUAACAAAGCUUUCCGACAUCUUAAAAAUAAAGAUUUACACGUAAAAAGACAUAACGGUCAGAAAGAUUAUAAAUGUGGUGUUUGUGGUUUCUAUGGUUACACGUUUACUGAUAUAAGGAAACAUAUUGAGCGUAAACAUGGUGAUAUGAAGAGUCUAGUCUGUGAUAAAUGUGGAAUGGCGUUUAAAGCUGAAAUCUUGCUCAGGGAACAUCAGAGAGUUGGAUGUGAAGGUGUGAUAGAACAGGCGUUAUCAAUUUCUACAUCAGACGGCGGUACGAGUCAAGCCAUGAUUCAAAUCCCCUCUACAUUGUCUGUGGACGGACAGAGUAUUAUGAUAGAUGGGCAGGAAAUAUCAGUGGAUGAGGAUGGUGCUGUUAAUAUCACUUUCGAACAAGUUCUUGAUGGUGAAGAUGAGGACAUUCAUUUAUUAGAAAACCAAAUAGCUGCAGGUUCAGGUCAAAUAUCAGAAGGUGAAGGUCAAAUAUCUGUAGGUCAAGGCCAAAUAUCAGGCCAAGGACCAAUUUUAGUUGAUCAAGGUCAAAUAGCUGUGAGUGAAAAUCAUAUCUCGGUGCCAAACGGACGAUUUGUAUCUAUAGCAGACGUUGCUUCCUCAGGUCAAGGUCAUAAUAUUGUGAUUCAAGGUGAAGAGGUCAACGAAGGUCAGGAUAUUAAAUUAGACCUGGAUAACCAGACCACUGUCGAUGAACUCAUGGGUAAUUCCUGACAGACAUAGAAAUAGAAACAUUGUCCAGUGACGGUUGAGUAGAAUGAUUACCCAGUGCUAAUUACGGUAGAAAUGUUGUCAAGGCCUUGUUCAUUGAAGAAGAUAUUUCAUCCUGACUCAUUAGAUAUAUUAUCCAGUCCUCAGUUCUCCUGUGAAGUAACUUAUAAAAAGAUUGUCCAUUGUCUAAUGUGGUGAUUAACGAAGAGGAAGAGGGGGAUGGGGGGUUAGAAUACAUAAUUUUAAAAAAGGCACUCAUCGCUUCAAAAAUUGGUCUUUCGCCUCAUUACCUCCAUUACACUACGGCCUUGUUAUACAAACAGUGUAGACACAGUAAUAGUUGGGUUUUAACUAUUAGAGGGAUCUAAACAUCAUUCAUUCAUUCAUUCAUUCUUGUAGAAUUUAUAUUUUGAAAAUAGAAUGGUAAUUUAUAAUGUAACUUGUUAUUAAAUUGUUGAUCUUUUCA